AUGGCGCCACACAAGGGACAGAAACGCACCGCCGAGGAGGCCUUCAGAACGAAAGUCGGCGCUCUAAAGCACGUUGUGCGCAACGGGCGCAACGGCAAAAUUGUCAACUUCGAGGACCGUUCAAGCAAUCAUGAUGGCUCACUCGACGGAGAGGAGGAAUCUCUCUCAACCAAGCGAAGUGAGGCGCCCAGACCCGGGCUGAAAGAGCGGGCGCGGCAACUGCAGCCCACCAGGCAGGGACUUCCCAUCUACAGCCACGCCGACGAGAUACGCCAGAAACUGAGGGAACACGACGUGCUCCUCCUGGUGGGCGAGACAGGGUCCGGCAAGUCAACACAAGUGCCGCAAUUCUUGGUCACCGAGCCGUGGUGCAGGAAGCGGAAAAUCAGCACCGUCGUCAGCGUGGGUGCCAACGUCGGAGGGUGCAUCGCCAUCACCCAGCCCCGAAGGGUGGCUGCCAUCUCUUUGGCGCGGCGCGUCGCUGAAGAAAUGGGCACGCCACUGGGCAACUCGAGCCCGGCUUCGCAGGUCGGAUAUUCGGUGCGGUUCGAAAACAGCACCAGUCCGUCCACGCGGAUCAAGUUUCUGACCGAGGGGAUGCUUUUGCAGGAGAUGCUGCGGGAUCCGUGGUUGAGAGAGUACUCUGCCGUGGUGGUGGACGAGGUCCACGAACGGGGGCUGAACGUCGAUCUCGUGCUCGGGUUCCUCAGGAGGAUGCAGGAUCUUAGACACGAGGAGGACGGGAGAGGCGGUCUACCCAUCAAGGUCGUGGUCAUGAGUGCCACUGCGGACAUGGACAAGAUUCAGGAGUUCUUUUGUAUCAAACGGAGUGCUGGCGACGGGGUGGAUGAGGAGGUCAACAGAGGUGAGGAAUCGCCGACGGAGAGCUCCUCCCCCACGGCAACAUCUCUGUUUAUCAAGGGGCGCCAGUACCCCGUAAAGGUCCAUUACACGCCUACGCCGGUGCCAGAUGUGCUCGACGCGGCGUACCAGCGUAUACUGCAGAUCCACGCGCACACACCUCUGCCGGGCGACAUACUCGUCUUCCUGACGGGCCAAGAGACCGUGGAAUCGCUCCUCAGCCUCCUCACGUCCUGGUCGCAGUCCACUCAGAAAGAUCCCAAGCAGUCACAGACACUUCCGAAACUGCUCAUCCUACCGCUUUAUGCCGCUCUGCCCUCGAACAUGCAGCAGCGGGUCUUUCAGACGACGCCCAAGUUCACAAGAAAGAUCAUAUUGGCUACGAAUAUCGCGGAGACGAGUAUCACGGUGCCUGGAAUCAGAUAUGUGGUCGACACGGGCAAAGCCAAGCAACGACUUUUCCGCCCCUCUCUCAAUCUCGACACACUCCUCACGGUGCCCAUCUCUCGAAGCUCGGCGAACCAACGGUCAGGACGAGCGGGUCGCGAUGCCCCGGGAGCGGCAUACAGGCUGUACACCGAAGCCGACUUCUACGGACUGGCCCAGGACACCGAGCCUGAGAUCCUGCGCUGUGACCUCAGCCAGCUCGCCCUGACGCUCAAAGCACAUUCCAUCGACGACCUGGGCAGCUUCCCGUUCCUCACGCCUCCGCCACGUCGCGCCCUCGAGCGAGCCUUGAUCCACCUCCUGCAACUCUCGGCGCUGGACAGCUCGACCGGCCAGAUCACCAGCCUAGGACGAGAAAUGAGCGUCCUCCCCCUCCCUGCAAGCUUGGCCCGGGUACUUCUCGCCAGCACAGACCCAGGAUACGACUGUGUGAAGGAGAUCGUCGACAUCGUCUCGGCGCUGAGCGUUGAAAACAUCUUCCUCAACAUCCACCACCGCGCAACGUCCUCCAGAUCGAGGGAUCCGCUCACUACGACCUCGGAUUCCACGGUUACGGCCGCCGACGCUGAUUCUGAUGUUGAAGAUGGCUCAACCGAAGCCCGGGCUCAGCAAGCACGGCGCCAGCUCUUCCGGCGAGAAGGCGACCACCUCACUCUCCUGGCCACCAUGCAGGCCUACGCAGCCGAAAACACGGACCGACGCCGCUGGUGUGAGGAGCGAUUUAUCUCGCAUCGCGCCAUGAGCGGAGCCAUGGACGUCAGGAAACAGUUGACAGCGUUGAUGGAACGAUACCAAGCCCGGGCCAAGAAUCAGGGCAAGACCAAGAUCAAGACCAAGACAGUCGGUAAAGCACAGCCACAGAAGCUUGAUCCCUCUGUCCCUGAACACCACGACCCCAUCACUCUCUCAGGCCGCAUCCUGAAGUGCAUGUUGAGAGGAUUCCAUCCAAACGUGGCACGGCUCUGUGCUGAUGGGAGUUAUAGAACGACACUCACCAAUCAGCCUGUCGCCAUACACCCUAGCUCGGUGUUGUUCUCGGUUCCCUCCCUUGCGGCUGCAGAUGAGCGAGCUGGUGCUGGCGGCAGGACGCAGCCCAGGAAGUUCGAGGCCAUCAUGUACAGCGAGUUUGUGUAUACGGGGACAAAGGCCUAUGCUCGUGGCGUGAGUGCGGUGGAGUUGAAAUGGCUGGAGGAUGUCCUUUGA